AGAGGGGGCGGGAUUUCCUGUAACCAGCCAGAGCGCCUUGUGGCUACGGCUCACAUACCUAUUUCCUCCCAAAUCCAGAUCAUCACCCAGGAUGGCGGAGGUAGAGGCCCAGGGUCACCUGUGGCUGGAGAGCCCUCCUGGGGGAGCGCCUCCUAUCUUCCUUCCCUCGGACGGGCAAACCCUGGUCUUGGGCCGGGGACCCCUGACCCAGGUCACGGACCGGAAGUGCUCCAGGAACCAAGUGGAGCUGGUUGCAGACCCUGAGACUCGGACGGUAGCAGUGAAACAGCUGGGCGUUAACCCUUCUACUGCUGGGACUCAGGAGCUGAAGCCCGGUUUGGAGGGCUCUCUAGGGGUGGGGGACACACUGUAUUUGGUCAAUGGCCUGCACCCACUGACCCUGCGCUGGGAAGAGACCCCUACACCAGGAUCCCAGCCAGACAUUCCACCUGGCACCCCUCUGGUGACUCCAGACAAGGAGAGGAAGGAGGAGGAGGAGGAGGAUGCUGAGCCCCAGAAAAAGAGGAUGCGGAAGUCAUCUCCUGGCUGGGAGAACUUGGAGAAGCUGCUGGUGUUCGUAGCCCCUGGGGUGAAGCCCCGGGGCAAGGUGGCUGCCUUUGAUCUGGAUGGGACCCUAAUCACCACCCGCUCUGGGAAGGUCUUCCCCACGGGCCCCAGUGACUGGAGGAUCUCAUACCCAGAGGUUCCCAGGAGGCUCCAGCAGCUGGAUACCCAGGGCUACAAGCUGGUGAUCUUCACGAACCAGAUGGCCAUUGGCCGAGGGAAGCUGCGAGCAGAGGAUUUCAAGGCCAAGGUGGAGGCUGUGGUAGAAAAGCUGGGGGUCCCCUUGCAGGUACUGGUGUCCACGCAUGCGGGCCUGUGCCGGAAGCCGCUGACGGGCAUGUGGGAGCAUCUGCAGGAGCAGGCCAACGAGGGCAUGCCCAUCUCCCUCGGCGACAGCAUCUUCGUGGGAGAUGCCGCGGGCCGCCCGGCCAACUGGGCACCUGGGCGGAAGAAGAAAGACUUCUCUUGUGCCGACCGCCUGUUUGCCCUCAACCUUGGCCUGCCCUUUGCCACGCCUGAAGAGUUCUUCCUCAAGUGGCCAGUGGCCCGAUUCGAGCUCCCGGCUUUCGACCCGAGGACCGUCUCCCGCGCAGGGCCGCUCUGCCUACCCGAGACUAGCUCCCUGCUGAACUCAGACCCAGAAGUGGUCGUCGCCGUGGGAUUCCCCGGGGCCGGCAAGUCCACAUUCCUCAAGGAGCACCUGGUGUCCGCCGGCUACGUGCACGUCAACAGGGACACGCUGGGCUCGUGGCAGCGCUGCGUGAGCGCGUGUGAGGCGGCUCUGAAGCAGGGGAAACGGGUGGCCAUCGACAACACAAACCCAGACGCUGCGAGCCGGGCCAGGUACAUCCAGUGCGCCAGAGACGCGGGUGCGCCCUGCCGCUGCUUCCUCUUUGCAGCCACACUGGAGCAGGCGCGCCACAACAACCGGUUCCGCGAGCUGACCGGUUCCUCUCACGCACCCGUGUCCGACGUGGUCAUGUUCGGCUACAGGAAGCAGUUCGAGGCCCCGGCGCUCGCCGAAGGCUUCUCUGAGAUCCUGAAGAUCCCGUUCCGGCUGCAGUUGGAGCCGCCGUUGGAGAGGCUGUACCGCCAGUUCUCCGAGGGCUGAGCCGCAGCCCGGUCCCCGUCCCUGCCCCGUGCCCUACACAAUAAAUGCUGUUUUCUGCAA